AUGGUACUUCGUAUGCUCUGGAAUAUUGGUUCAGGUCUCGUGCACGGUGCUCUGCAUCAGACGUCUCAUUCCGGUUUGGCUGGGUUGCAUUAUCCAGCGGUCUGGAAAGCUCGAUCUGGAUUCCUCGACUGUGAUGUGAAUCUACACGUCAAUAACUCGUCGUACCUCUUCAACAUGGAACUCGCUCGCUGGCACUUUACCGCGGCAAAUGGUGCUCUGUGGCAAGCUAUAAAGCAUCGACGGAUGUUCUUGGCGGCAUCACAAGCCAUUCGUUUUCGUCAUGGCAUUCGUCCGUUUCAAGCCUACGAAAUCAAGACACAAAUGGUCUAUUGGGAUGGCUCUUGGAUCUUCUUUUUACACCAGUUCCAAGACUCAUCGAAUGGCAAGCAAUUUGCUGAAGGGUUAUGCCGCGUCAAGGUCAAGCAACAUGGAAAGGAUGUAUCGUUUGAAACAAUGAUCUCUGAGAUUUAUGACGGACCAAUUCCGUCUCAACCUGCCGAGAUGCCGGAUAUCGUCAAAGAAUUUCUCGAGUGGGAUGGGGCGAGUCGAUCAAGUAUGGAGACGGCUCAUGAAAGCAUGAGAGCCACAAUCAGUAGCAAUCCAUUACCACGAAAGCCUGAGAAACUCGGAGCUCGGAUUUGGAUGGAAAUGCAGCGUUCCAUGAAUCGUCCAUAA